GUUUGGUUUUUGCAGGUGAUACAGCUCUAGAGGAAAGAAAGAGUUCUCUUCAUGACUUGCAUUGCAGUAUCUGAAUAGUGAAAGCACAAUGGACACUUUUUAGGGUUUUACAGAAAUAAAAACUCAUCUAGGAACAAGAACAUUGGACUUUGAGGAGUAACAGACUUUAGAGAGCCCAGACACGGAUCACUAAACCUGAUUUCGGCAUACAUCUUGGGAAUGAAUACCAUUGAGACAGCAAAGCUCGAAGAGCAUAUGGAGGGUCAAAACAAUGACACUUCUAAUGGCUACUCACGACCUACUCUCUCAGUCAGUGAAGAGAACAAAAAUGGCACUAGCAAACCAAAGGGCUUGUCUAACGGCUUGCGAAAACCAACAAAGAAAUAUCCUGAUUACAUCCAGAUUGCUAUGCCUUCUGAGUCUAGGAACAAAUUUCCUCUGGAAUGGUGGAAAACAGGCAUUGCCUUUGUCUAUGCUCUUUUCAACUUGAUUCUAACAACUGUCAUGAUCACUGUGGUCCAUGAGAGAGUACCUCCAAAGGAGCUAAGCCCUCCCUUGCCUGACAAAUUUUUUGAUUACAUUGAUCGUGUGAAAUGGGCUUUUUCUGUAUCAGAAAUAAAUGGAAUGAUACUAGUUGGACUAUGGAUAUUCCAGUGGUUGUUUCUUAGAUACAAAUCAAUAGUGGGACGCAGGUUCUUUUUUAUAAUAGGAACUUUGUAUCUGUACCGCUGUAUUACUAUGUAUGUUACCACCUUACCUGUGCCUGGAAUGCAUUUUCAGUGUGCACCAAAGUUGAAUGGAGAUUCUCAGGCGAAAGUUCAGAGGAUCCUGCGACUGAUUUCUGGUGGUGGUCUGUCCAUAACUGGAUCACACAUCCUGUGCGGAGACUUCUUGUUUAGUGGUCACACUGUGGUAUUAACGCUGAUCUACCUGUUCAUUAAAGAGUAUUCACCACGUCAUUUCUGGUGGUAUCACUUAAUCUGCUGGCUAAUGAGUGCUGCUGGCAUAAUUUGUAUCCUCGUUGCUCAUGAACACUAUACCGUAGAUGUCAUUAUUGCUUACUAUAUCACCACACGGCUCUUCUGGUGGUACCACUCAAUGGCGAAUGAAAAGACUUUAAAGGUCUCUUCGCAGACAAAUUUUCUUUCUCGAGCAUGGUGGUAUCCAAUAUUUUAUUUCUUUGAGAAGAAUGUGCAAGGCUCUGUUCCUUGCAGCUUUUCCUGGCCGAUAUCUUGGCCUCCUAGCUGCUUCAAAUCUUCAUGCAAAAAGUAUUCACGGGUUCAGAAGACAGGAGAGGAUAAUGAAAAAUCUACCUGAAGAAAAGAAGGAAAGCAUCUGCUCUGUUUUUUUUACCAAAACAUUAAUGCUGUAACCAAAGUUCUUAAGAGGACUACACUGUAACUGAAGAAGUGGACCAAGCUUCUGUGCAAUUGAUUGGAAAGACAAUUGUAGACACACAUAUUGCCAUUUCAUAAGUUUUCCUAUCAUCAGGUUGUACAGACCUAUUCUACUCUUCAGUGCUAACAGAAUGCACCACUGAUGGGAUUUUUUUAUUAAAGAAAAAAUAGAGCAGGACUU